AGUGCUUGGGUUCGGUGGACGCCGCGGUGCUUGCUCCUCGCCCCAGCCGCCGCCGAAGGAGCGGCCGCCUAUUGUCCUUCUUCGCCGCCAAGGAGCGGAGCUGCUCCGGCUCGGCCCGCGGGGGAGCCCGGGGAGCCGCACGUGUCCUGGGUCAUGAAACUUAGUCCACAGCAAGCUCCGUUAUAUGGCGAUUGUGUUGUUACAAUACUGCUUGCUGAAGAGGACAAAGUUGAAGAUGAUGCUAACUUUUACUUGAUAUUUUCUGGUUCUACCCUCUAUCACUGUACAAGUACCCGGAAGGUCAGUUCUGAUACGUUGGAGACAAUUGCUCCUGGUCAUGACUGCUGUGAGACGGUGAAGGUGCUGCUCUGUGCUUCCAGAGGGGGCCUGCCCGUGUUUGUAGUAGCCGAAGACAACUUCCAUUUCGUUCAGGAUGAGGCGUAUGAUGCAGCUCAGUUCCUGGCAACCAGUGCUGGCAAUCAGCAGGCUCUGAACUUCACUCGUUUCCUUGCUCGGUCAGGACCCCCUUCUGGAGAUGUCAACUCUCUUGAUGAGAGGGUUGCACUGGCAUUCAGACACCUGAAACUACCAGAGGAAUGGAAUGUGUUAGGGGCGGAGCACACCUUGCAUGAUGGUGGACCCCGGGAAACAUUAAUGCAUUUUGCCGUGCGGCUGGGACUAUUGCGGUUGACAUGGUUCCUGUUACAGAAGCCAGGUGGCCGUGGAGCGCUCAGCAUCCACAACAAGGAAGGGGCAACGCCUGUAAGCCUGGCAUUGGAACGAGGUUACCACAAGCUCCACCAGCUACUGACUGAGGAAAAUGCUGGUGAACCGGAUUCCUGGAGCAGUUUAUCCUAUGAAAUCCCCUAUGGAGACUGUUCAGUGAGGCACCACCGAGAAUUGGACAUCUACACGUUGACUUCUGAAUCUGAAUCACAUCAUGAACCCCAUGGAGACAGUUGUACUGGACAUAUUUUUAAACUUAUGAAUAUCCAACAGCAGCUAAUGAAAACAGACUUGAAGCAGAUGGACAAUCUUAUGCCCAUAAUGGUGACAGCACAGGAUUCUUCUAGUGUGCCCAGUGCACCAGAGACAGAUGGCCAGGUCCUUUCCUGUGCACCAGAGCCUUCUGACCAGCAGCCGCUUUCUUCUGAAGAAACUGAGAGCACUCUGUGCUGCCGAGGGAGUCCUGUGAGGAAGGCUGAAAGUUCCUGUGAUCUGUCAAAUGUGGCUGAGGAAGAAAAUGUAGUCUGUUCUCAUAAGAAAAAUAAAGAUGUGGGGAGGAAGGGGGAAGAGGAGGAGCCAGCAUCCGCUGUGGACUCCGGGUCUGCAGCUCAUCAAGACAGCUGCCCUCAGAGCAUAUCUGACUGUGGAGUCAAGGGCACAGAAGGCCUUCCAUCCUGUGGAAACAGGAAUGAAGUAACUGGAACAAAAUAUUCUGGAGUGGCCACAUGUCAGCAGCCCCCGAGCAGCAGGGGCAGUGUGCUGCAGGAAGUCACUGUCGCAGAGCCAGGUGUGUGCCAGCAUUCUUCUGGAAGGGUGCUACUAGACAGUUCUUUACCAGAUGCUGAUCCCCCAGAGAAUGUAGGGGAACUGGAACAUAGCUUACUGAACCCAAGUGCUACUACCCAGGAGAAUGAGCAUCAAGUAGGGGAAGGCACAAAGGAAAGACUGGAAAAUUCUGAUGUCAGCAUGACUGAGGGGUCUGGUGUUCAAGUUCUACAAGAACCCAUGGAGAAAGCCAAUAUUACAAACCACGUCUUCGCCGCUAGUGCCCUGGGUGCCAACCUGCCUGCUGGGCCUUCGCCUCCCUUAAGCCCUGGAGAAGCCACCGCUGAGAAAGCAGGAAAGGGGGCUCAGGAGAGAAUCUGUAAAGAGAGGACUGAUGCUUUAAGUGACCAGGGCUCCCUGGUGUCUCCAGCUGGUGUGGAAGACAGGGUGUCAGGUGGGCCAGAGCCUGGUGCUCCUCUAGCAGGCCCAUGUGAGGCGCCAUCGCCCCUGGCUUCAACCUUUUCUGGACCAACACCAGAUGGGAUGUCAAACCAGAACUCAGAAUCUGAUUCAUGGCACGCUCCAAGCCCAAACAGCGAGGCACCCCCUUGUUCUACAACUGGGCCUGGUGCAUCUUGUGCUGAGUCUUCCUUUCAACAGAACACAGUGACUCCUAGUGGUGAGUUGGUUGUAAAACAUGACAGUGGUAAAGUCAGCCUGCCUGACAGUGCAAUAACACAGCCAAAUGUGCAAGAUCCGGGCACUGCCCUCUGCCCAGAAGACCCACAAGCUGACACGGCCGCUUCUGACACUGUGAAAAGUACCCGGGAAUCUGUGGGGGUUUGUUCACUGUGUGUUUUAGAUGCAAAGAACCAGGGAAAAGAUUUAAAAAGUGAUACAACUUUAACAGAUACGCUUGAGGAUGCUUCACAUUUGCCUUCAGUUGCCACCCAAACUGAGAAAGAACCAGUGCCAGGCCAGGUAACACCACCAGGCAGCAGUUUCUCUCUGGCAGGCAGUCCAGAGGGUGAAUCAGUAACCAAAGAUGAUGCACUUUCUCUUGUCCCCUCCCAGAAAGAAAAAGAAACAGCAACUGCUCACCUCCAUACAACUAUAGCUUAUAGAGAUGGCCCAGAUGGAGGAGAAUCAAAUGAUCCCAGUAAGCUAGGAUUUGGGGCUGCUGGCCUGUCUGUAUCCCCUGCUGUAGAGCUUCAGCCUAGCAUGGGAAAUACCAGCCCUGUAGGCCUUGGUGGAGAACAGGAGGGCCCUGGGCCAACAGCAACACCUGAAGUUCUGAGCAAUGCUGCUUCACAAGGUGUGGAUAAAGCUGCUUUGGUCUCCAACUCUCUCCUGCCUGAGGAAGGCGGCAGUCUGGUGGUUCCUGAAAGCUCAGCAGUUCUGGGGCAAGGUGACCAGGAUAAAGCAAUGGGGUGUUCUUCCGUUAAAGAAGAUACACAGUCUUCAGAUAUGUCAAGGGGAAACCAGAGGACACCGCCACCUCUUGGGCUGGAGAUACCGAGAUUAUGUGAAAAACCUAUGUCAGCCAACUGUGCUGGGGAGAGAGCCCUGCAGCCCAGUAACUCACCAGGCAUACCUUCUGCUGAGCUGAAAACAGAAACUAAGCAAAACAAGGAAGUGGCCACACAGAUCUCCCAGCUGACUGAAGGUGGGGCUGCAAAGAGCCCGGUGCCACCAAAAGCAAGACUGGCUGCAGAUUCAAAGCAGAAAGCCUCGGGUGCAGAGCAGAGUGUCUCAUCUCUGCUGCCUGAUGCAUCUGAGGCACUUCAUUGCAAUCAGACUUCUGCUCUGGAUGUUGGUGUGAAUACUCAGUUCCAAGGGGAAACCAAGGCUAGUGAGGUCAGCAGAAAUGUGAUGGAGGAUGUUACAGUGUCUAAUGCCUUACCAGCUACUGCUGAUCCCAGAAGAAAUGAUCCAUCCUACCAUGUCAAAGACAGUCCAGUUUCAGAGUUGUUAAACCAAGAGAAGAAAAUGACUCCAAGUGUGCCAGAAGCUUUACUGGACAAAGGUGUCACUGGCUUACAAGAAGUCAUAACCUCAGAGAUAGUACCACUUGAUUGCAAGAGAGAGAAACUGGAGGGAACAGACCUCAGCCAUGUCAUGAGUAACUCCAGGGAAGCCCCAAACAGUGAAGACACAGUGCAACCUCUUGACAGGGUCUGCCCCACAGAGAUAGGACUCUCAGCUCUCAAUGACAAUGUCCUUCCAGCUGGCACGAAGCAAGUCCCACAGACCUCAAUCCAGACCUCUCUACCUGGAGUCGAAGCUACACAUAUGCCCGUGGGAGCAGACCCCAUAGAGGAGACUGCCACUCGUAUAGUGGAGGCCGUCAUCAAGCGAGUCAAGGCCACCAACCCACUGUUGACUAAGGGAGAAAUCAUCGAUCCAUCACUGUCCAUCCCAGAGUCAGGGCAGCUGCAGAAUGUUUGUACAGAGAGCCCAUGCACUUUCCUGCCUGGGGAGACCCUGCAAAUGGAUAAUAUUCACGAAGAAACCACUGGGAACUGUGUUGUUGAAACAGAGGAACCGGAGAAAAUUAUCCCACCUGCCAACAGGCCUGAGCCAGCACCAGAAAUGCCAGACACUAAAGCUGAAGAUGAAGAGGAUUUUCAGAGUAAGACCACAGCUCCUUCUGAGGAGGAGGCUCUAGGAAAUGGAACUACCACACCCAAAAUGAAGCAAGGCCCCGGGACCCAGGCGAUCAACAGAGAAAGCUGGUGUACCAUAGAGCCAUGCCCUGAAGCAGCAUCUCUUUUGGCUUCCAAACAGAGCUCAGAAUGCGAGAGCUUCUUAGAUGUUGGACUGGGCACAGAGUGUGCCUCAAAAGAAGGUGUGCUUCAGAGAGGGUCAGGGAGUGAUUCUGACCUCUUUCACUCACCCAGCGAUGAAAUGGACAGCAUCAUCUUCUCAAAGCCUGAGGAAGAGCAGUUACUUUGUGAUACCACAGGAUCCAGUUCUUCUACAGAUGACACAGCUUCCCUGGAUCGACAUUCUUCUCAUGGUAGUGAUGUGUCCCUUCCUCAGACUUCAAAGUUAAAUAGGUCCAGAAAUCAUCAAAGCCCCGACGGCUUUUUCAGCCAUGGAGUGGGACCUGAGAGUCGGGAGAGUGAGGGUGAGCCUGCUGGCUCUGGUGAAAUGGAAGAAGAGGAAAUGGACAGCAUCACUGAAGUGCCUGCAAAUUGCUCUUUUCUGAGGAGCUCCAUGCGCUCUCUUUCACCUUUCCGGAGACACAGCUGGGGUCCUGGGAAGAAUGCAGCCAAUGAUGCAGAAAUGAACCAGCGCAGUUCAAUGCAAGUUCUUGGGGAUGUUGUCAGGAGACCUCCCAUUCAUAGGAGAAGUAUGAGCUGGUGUCCCUCUGGUGUGCAAUAUUCGGCUGCCCUGAAUCCUGACUUUAAUUUCAGAAGUUUCAGCCUGGAAGGCUUGACAGGAGGAGCUGGUGUUGGAAACAAGCCAUCCUCGUCUCUAGAAAUGAGCUCGGCAAACUCUGGUGAGCUCAGAAACACUUUCAGUAGUGAGGAACAGAGAGACUCUCUGAUGUCACUUUCAGAAGAACAUCUGGAGCCAGACCAGAGACAGCAUCAUAGGAUGUUUGACCAACAGAUGUGUCACAGGUCUAAACAACAGGGAUUUAAUUACUGUACAUCAGCCAUUUCUUCUCCAUUGACAAAAUCCAUCUCAUUAAUGACUAUUAGUCAUCCUGGAUUGGACACUCAGCAGCAGUUGAAGCCAUCAAGGUGGAUCUCCUUUUCCCUCAGUGUUUCUCCACUCCUCCUUAAAUCUAAAACUCUCUUUUCUUUUGGCUCCUCUUAUUCCAGUGAUGAGGAGGAGGAGUUGCAUAAUUCACGGCCCUUCCACAGUACCAGUGCUAACCUGACUGAGAGUAUAACAGAAGAAAACUAUAACUUCCUGCCACCGAGCCCCUCAAAAAAGGAUUUUGAAGGGAAGAGUGGGACAAAAGUUAGUCGCACCUUCAGCUACAUCAGGAAUAAAAUGUCCAGCAGCAAGAAGAGCAAAGAAAAGGAAAGGGAAAAAGAUAAAAUUAAGGAGAAAGAGAAAGACUCUAAAGAGAAGGAGAAAGAUAAGAAGACUGUUAACGGGCAUGCUUUCAGUCCCAUUCCUGUUGUGGGUCCCAUCAGCUGCAGCCAGUGCAUGAAGCCUUUCACCAACAAAGAUGCCUACACUUGUGCAAGUUGUAGUGCUUUUGUCCACAAAGGCUGCAGAGAAAAUCUAGCCUCCUGUGCAAAGGUCAAAAUGAAGCAGCCAAAAGGGAGCCUCCAGGCACAUGAUACAUCAUCGCUGCCUACAGUCAUCAUGAGAAACAAGUCUUCACAACCCAAGGAGCGCCCUAGGUCUGCAGUUCUCUUGGCCGAUGAGGCCACUGCUGUACCAGUGUUUACUAACAGACGGUCCCAGCAGAGUGUCUCCCUCUCUAAAAGUGUUUCCAUACAGAACAUCACUGGAGUUGGCAAUGAUGAGAACAUGUCAAACACCUGGAAAUUUCUGUCUCAUUCAACAGACUCACUGAAUAAAAUCUGCAAGGUCAAUGAAUCAACAGAAUCACUUACUGAUGAGGGAGUAGGUACAGACAUGAAUGAAGGACAGCUGAUGGGAGACUUUGAAAGUGACUCUAAACAGCUAGAAGCAGAGUCCUGGAGCCGAACAGUAGACAGCAAGUUCCUUAAACAGCAGAAGAAAGAUGUGGUCAAGCGGCAGGAAGUGAUUUAUGAGUUGAUGCAGACAGAGUUACAUCACAUCCGCACACUCAAGAUCAUGAGUGACGUGUACAGCCGAGGGAUGAUGACAGACCUGCUAUUUGAGCAGCAGAUGGUAGAAAAGCUGUUCCCUUGUUUGGAUGAACUGAUCAGUAUCCAUAGCCAGUUCUUUCAGAGAAUCCUAGAGCGGAAGAAGGAGUCUCUGGUGGAUAAAAGUGAAAAGAACUUUCUUGUCAAGAGGAUAGGGGAUGUGCUUGUCAAUCAGUUUUCAGGUGAGAAUGCAGAGCGCUUGAAGAAGACAUAUGGCAAGUUCUGUGGACAUCACAACCAGUCUGUCAACUACUUCAAAGACCUCUAUACAAAGGAUAAGCGUUUCCAAGCCUUUGUGAAGAAGAAGAUGAGCAGUUCAGUGGUAAGAAGACUCGGAAUCCCUGAGUGCAUAUUACUUGUAACUCAGAGGAUCACCAAGUACCCAGUUUUAUUCCAGAGGAUACUGCAAUGUACCAAAGACAAUGAAGUGGAGCAAGAAGACCUAGCUCAGUCCCUGAGCCUGGUGAAGGAUGUGAUUGGAGCCGUGGACAGCAAAGUGGCAAGUUAUGAGAAGAAAGUGCGUCUCGGGGAGAUUUACACCAAGACCGAUAGCAAGUCGAUCAUGAGGAUGAAAAGUGGGCAGAUGUUUGCCAAGGAGGAUCUGAAGCGGAAGAAGCUGGUGCGGGAUGGGAGUGUGUUUCUGAAGAGUGCAACAGGAAGGUUGAAAGAGGUUCAAGCAGUUCUCCUCACUGACAUUCUAGUUUUCCUUCAAGAAAAAGACCAGAAAUAUGUAUUUGCAUCCUUGGACCAUAAGUCAACUGUGAUCUCCUUAAAGAAGCUGAUUGUAAGAGAAGUGGCACAUGAAGAAAAAGGUCUGUUCCUCAUCAGUAUGGGGGUGAAGGAUCCAGAGAUGGUGGAGGUCCAUGCCAGCUCCAGAGAGGAGCGGAAUAGCUGGAUUCAUAUCAUACAGGAUACAAUCAACUCCCUGAACAGAGAUGAAGAUGAAGGGAUUCCUAGUGAGAAUGAAGAAGAAAAGAAAUUGUUGGAUAUGAAAGCCCGGGAGUUAAAAGAACAACUUCAACAGAAGGACCAGCAGAUCCUCCUCUUGCUGGAAGAGAAGGAGAUGAUUUUCCGGGACAUGACUGAGUGCAGCACUCCCUUGCCAGAGGAUGGCUCGCCAACCCACAGCCCAAGAGUCCUCUUCCGAUCCAACACAGAGGAGGCUCUCAAAGGAGGACCAUUGAUGAAAAGUGCAAUAAGUGAAGUGGAAAUCCUCCAGGGUUUGGUGAGUGGAACCCUUGGUGGCACACUUGGACAGCCCAUCAGCAGCCCUGUUGAGCAGGAAGUCAUGGCUGGUCCCAUUUCCUUGCCCCGGAGAGCAGAGACCUUUGGAGGAUUUGACUGUCAUCAGAUGAAUGCUUCCAAAGGAGGUGAGAAAGAAGAGGGUGAUGACGGCCAAGAUCUUAGGAGAACAGAAUCGGAUAGUGGUCUGAAAAAGGGUGGAAAUGCUAACCUGGUAUUUAUGCUUAAAAGAAACAGUGAGCAGGUUGUCCAGAGCAUCGUUCACCUCCACGAACUCCUUAGCAUGCUGCAGGGUGUCGUGCUACAACAAGAUAGCUACAUUGAGGACCAGAAGCUGGUGCUGACCGAGAAGGUACUCACAAGGAGUGCGUCCCGCCCCAGCUCUCUGAUUGAGCAGGAGAAGCAGCGGAGCCUGGAGAAGCAGCGCCAGGACCUGGCCAACCUUCAGAAGCAGCAGGCACAGCACCUGGAGGAAAAGCGCAGGCGUGAGCGAGAGUGGGAGGCCCGGGACCAGGAGCUAAGAGAGCGAGAGGCCAAGCUGGCCGAGAGGGAGGAGGCAGUCCGCCGUAGACAGCAGGACUUGGAGAGGGACCGUGAAGAGCUCCAGCAGAAGAAGGGCACUUACCAGUGUGAUUUGGAGAGACUACGGGCUGCCCAGAAGCAGCUGGAAAGAGAACAGGAGCAACUGAAGCGGGACACAGAGCGGCUCAGCCAGAGGCAGAUGGACCAGGACUUCUGCCAGGUCUCGAAUAAACACGGCAGGCUGAUGCGAGUCCCGUCCUUCCUGCCCAAUCCGGAUGAGUUCUCCUUGCCUUCUGCACCUUCCAUAACCAAAUCGGGGUCAUUGGACUCAGAACUUUCAGUAUCUCCUAAAAGGAACAGCAUCUCUCGGACACACAAAGAUAAGGGGCCUUUUCAUAUACUGAGUUCAACGGGCCAGACGAAAGUUCCAGAGGGGCAGAGCCAGGCCCCCGCCAGCACCUCCACUUCCACCCGCCUUUUUGGGUUAGCUAAGCCAAAGGAAAAGAAGGAGAAGAAAAGGAAGGGCAAAGGAAGCCGCUCUCAGCCUGGUGAUGGUCCUGCUUCGGAAGUAACAACAGAGGGUGAAGAGAUCUUCUGUUGACCGUCUCCUCUGCCAGGCAGCCACCGUCCUACCCUGACCUGAUGGCAGUACUGCUGCGGCACUCCGGCGGCCCCUCGUGCACAAGUCUCCUACACUGGACGCCCGCUACCCCUCAGCGUCCAGUCGUCCUGAGCUACCCCAGGUGCUGGACAAGAAAGCGCGACACCUGCAUGUCGGGGUGGGGAAAGGACACCUGAGCCGUGAUCUGUGACUGCCCAGGAUUUGGGUGGGCCUGGCCUUACUCAGGGUAUUACACCGAAAGUAGUGACCCCAGAAGUAGGUGAUAGCUUAAGACACGUCAGGAUUCCAUCAAGGCUCAAAGAGGUUUUCCAAAUGCAACCAGAAUCAAAGAGCAGAUAGUGUAGCCUUCGUCUGUGUACACAGCCUUCCUUCCAAUCAGGAUAGCUUGGGCCAAGGGCAAGCCCAUGCCUGGCUGGUGGUGUGCAGGUAUACAGUGUUUCACCCUGUGGUCCUGAGAGUGGGUCCCUUGAGACGGCCCCUGUACACACACCACCCCCUUCAUAUGUCUUCCUCAUUUUAUUGUAGGAAGAACAACAGUGUGUGAAGUCAGCGAGAGGCCUGAUGUGUAGGGAAAGCACGUAGUCUGCACCACUUGAUCUCCAUACACUAGGCUGAACUGUCUGUCUCACUUCACAUUCAGAUCAGGAAGAAACAUACUGUUGUCCCGGGUGCCCAUCUAAAUGCUCUGGGCACAGAGGAAAUAGACAGAACUCUUCUCCACUGUCCCCAGUAUGACACCUUCUAGUUGUUACUGGACUCCCUGUGGGUGCUCUCAAGCCACCUGUGUGGUCUAGACUGUCCCGAGGCCUCUCCAUGCCCUGCUCUAGGGUUACUGGUUCAGGUGCAGCAGUAAAGUCUGGUUGGUGGUUUCACCAAUACAGACAGGGGAGCUGGCCCUGGAGUGUGUCUGGCCGGCUUCUCCAGUCACUUCCUGUCACACGGCCUCCUCCUCACAUACGGUUUUCAGAUGCAGUUUGCUUGGUUGUGCUCUUACCCUUAAAGCUGUCAAGUGCCGCCUAUCUCUCUUCUCACCCUCCAUCUCCACGUGUUGAUCUAAGCGUGCUUGAGGCUCCCACGAGCUUGUGUGUGCAGGACAGUUCAUUGGUAAUGUGCCCUCCAGGGCUCACGCACCUGUCCCUCAGGCUACUCCCCGCGAGGGCCGUGCUGAGGUCUGUGCUUCACACGUGGCCUUCAGUUCCUGGUUUUGCCCUCAGAAGCAUGGGCCUUCGAGCACAGUUGUGCAAAAACAAACCUGUGUCUUGGUGCUUGAUGGUGAGCUGCAAGCUGGACUUGCAGAUACAGAUAUUUAUCUUUCAGUUUACUUGAAAGAAUUCUGAUUUAAAUUUUUUAGCCUAAAUUUUGUUUUAUUUAUUUUGUGUUUGUGUUUUGUUUUUAUUUUAUUUUGAAAGCAAACCAGUACUGGCCCAACAGUUUGAACCACCUUUUCAGUACAGAGAAUAAAGUGUGUGUCCCAAGUGCAUGACGGUCCCAAGGGUCGAGAUGGGAACUGUGCCCUUCCCUCCCCUGCUCAUUUUUUUCAUAAGGAAUGUGUUCUUCCUUCUUUGGAGAUGUUAAAACUUUGCCUCUUUUUGAUGAAGCCGAUUUGGCUCUUUAAAGUCUGAUAUUUUUUUCCCCUACUUCCUUCAAGAACCUUAGCAACAAGAAGUUAGCUGCUUCCUUCUCCAAGUCCAGAUGGCUGUCACAGCAGAGCCUGCCAUGCCUCAGAUCCCCCACAGGGUGUGGCUGGUAGUGUUUGUCCCUGCCUCUGAAUGCCCCUCAGGGAGGUGUACCCUUCUAGAGAGGAGCCAAUCUGCUAGGAGGGAAAGGGCCUGACCACUGUC